AACUAAUAUAAAUAGUUAACGGCAAACGUGCGCCUUACCCUGCUCCAUCAUGAUUUGGCUCGUGCCUCUUCUGUCCUGCCUCGGGCUGAUUUAUGCCGAGGAACCUUUCAACCAUAAGGUCCACAAUGAGAGAGUCAUAGGAGGCCACGAUGCCAGUCCCAACACCUGGAAAUGGCAGGUCUCUCUCCAGUAUGACUCGAGCAACCAGGACUCGUUUUACCACCUGUGUGGAGGCAGUCUUAUUAGCAGCACGUUCGUCAUGACUGCUGCCCACUGUAUCAUCAGUUUUGAUGCUGGUCAUUACCGUGUCGUGCUGGGCGAGUACAACCUGGACAGGUACGAGGGCAGUGAGCAGUUCGUACGCGUGGAGACGAUUGUUGUCCAUCCUGGUUGGAACGGACAACUUGGCAAUGGAAAUGAUAUUGCUAUCUUGAAACUGACCAGUCACAUAUAUGACAACGGCUACGUGGCCAUCGCUGACCUUCCCUCUCCAGGAGAGACGCUGCCUCAUGAUUUCAGCUGUUAUAUCACCGGCUGGGGGCUCAUGGAUUACUAUGGGGGCGUUCCUUCCAUCAUGCAGGAGGCUCCCAUCAAAGUGGUGGAGCAUAAAGUCUGUUCAUCGCCCAACUGGUGGGGCGUCAUUGCCCUGAGGAGCAUGGUGUGUGCUGGAGGGGACGGAGUCAUAUCAGGUUGCCAGGGCGACUCUGGUGGACCCCUGAGCUGCCACACCAACGGAGCCUGGAGAGUCCACGGUGUGGUCAGCUACGGUCCGUCUGGUUACUGCAACCAGGUCACCAAACCCACCGUCUUCACCAGGGUGUCGUCCUUCAUGGACUGGAUCUCUGAUGUUUUGGGCAGUUAUUAGACGGCACGCGGCCCGAGCUGUCAAAUGACCCGACGACGUUAAUAAAGUCAUGUGCAUCUCAAA